CGCCGACCGCGCCGCGUCUCCGCUCAUCCGUAUUACCCAAGCCCAUUCGAAAUUCCCGAGAUCUGCGAGGGAGAAACCCCAAGAUCCAGUCGCGUUUCAAGUGAUUUUGUGACAGAGAGUUUUAUGACGCUGGUCGAACUAACCCAGUUUGAGAUCUAGUGCCGCCCAAAAUGAGCGAAAGUUCCAGCUCGAAUUCCUCCAAGGAUCGGACCAAGCCGGUGGAGACCCUCGUCCUGGCCAACUAUGCCCUGAAGGCCGAGCAGAAGAAGGCCCAAGGACAGGGCGGCCGAAAGGAGGACGAGCGCAUCACCACCGCGGUGAUGAAGGUCCUCGAGGGCUACGACUGGAAUCUGGUUCAGGCCUCAGCCAAGGCGCCCUCGGACCGCAAAAAGGAGCACAUCAAGCGGCCCAUGAACGCCUUCAUGGUGUGGGCCCAGGCGGCGAGGCGGGUGAUGUCCAAACAGUAUCCGCAUCUGCAGAACUCGGAGCUGAGCAAAUCGCUGGGCAAGCUGUGGAAAAAUCUGAAGGAUAGCGACAAGAAGCCCUUCAUGGAGUUCGCCGAGAAGCUCCGGAUGACGCACAAGCAGGAGCACCCGGACUACAAGUACCAGCCCCGCCGCAAGAAGGCGCGGGUGCUGCCGCCGCAGCAAUCCGGGGAGGGGGGAUCCCCGGGAGAAGAGGUGGCCCUCUCCGCCUCCUCGGGCAGCAGCAAGCCGAGGAGCGGCCAGUCCUCGGCAUCCAACGGCCAGCGGCGAGCCGGGAAGCCAAGUGCAGCCGGACUGGGAGGCUGCUCCUCGAGCAUCUCGGGUUCUAAUGCGGCUGGCGGCUCCUCGGACGUCUUCAGUAAUGAGGCCUUCAUGAAGUCCCUGAACAGUGCCUGUGCGGCCAGCUUGAUGGAGCAGGGUCUCAUUGAGGCCGGCCUGGAUUCCCCGUGCUCCACGGCCAGCUCCCUCUCCUCCCUGACGCCCCCGGCCACGCCCUACAGUGGGGCCUCCUCGGGUGCGAAGUCGGCGGCGGCCACCAGCUCCAGUCUCCUCAUGCGGCAGCUGAGUGAGCCCGUGGCAAGUGCAGGCCACGACUACGGAGUCCUACUCGAUUCUGGGCGGGAGUACGCGGCUCUGGGCGAGGGCAACUACCAGGGUCAGUCGGGGGUGCAGGGCGGAGGGGGCCAGGAAAUGGACUUCCUGGAGAACAUCGGUGGGUACGGCUACGCGGGCAGCCGGGGGAACUACCCCGGAUACUCGUACCCCACAAACGGAGUCGGAUUUGGCGGCGAGGAGCACCAGCAGCAGCAGCAGGCGUCACAGGCCAGUGGAGCCUUAAAUUACAAGCCGGCAGGCACCGACAUCGAUCCCAAGGAAAUUGACCAGUACCUCAUGGAUCAAAUGCUGCCCCUGACGCAGCACAACCACCACCACCCGCUGAGCCACCUCCCGCUCCACCAGCACGCACUGCACCACUCGCCGCCCCUCCCCUCCUCCGCCUCGCUCUCCUCCGCCUGCUCCAGUGCGAGCUCCCAGCCCGUGGCGGAGUACUACGAGCACUUGGGCUACUCCCCGGCGAACCCCGCCUCGAACCAGGCCUCGAACUUCGGCCCCCAGCCACCGUUCGCCGGCGGAGCCAGCUCCCUGACCUCCGACCUGCAGGCCACCUCGCCCUCGCAGCCGGAAAUGCAGCCCCAGCAGCAGGAGCCGCACCAGAAUCCAUCGCAGCACCAUCUGUGGGGCACUUACACUUAUGUCAAUCCCUAAGCUACUUCAUUUGCACAUUUGUUGUCCGACACAGAGAGAAAAAUUGUCUAGCUCGGGUCUGAAGUAGGCAUUUCGAAAUUGCUUAGCUGGGUAGAAUAUCACUAUACAUUCGUGCUGUACAGAAAUGGGGUGUGUUUUGCUUAGGAUUGUUGUCAGUUUGUUAUUAAAAUCCCCAGAAAGCACCGUGACAUUCCUAAUACUGGAGCAGUAAAUUUUAGUUUUGGUUGAAAUAAUAUAUCUACGCUUGAUCUUAACUAUUUAUAGAAAUAUUAUAAAAAGUUGCGGUGCUCAACCGUUCCACCAUUUUUUUUAUAGUAACAUUUUUGUAUUACAUAAGUUCUUGAAACUGAAAAUUAUGAAAUCGAAUUCAGCAUAGUUUUUCUCUGCGUGCAUCCCCCUUCACUUCCGUUUCCGCUCUUCCUCCCUUUAUGGGUCACUUAGAUGGCUUUCGUUUAUUGGUUUAUUGUCUGUGCAAUGUCUGUGUGAGUGGGUGACUGUGCAUGUGUGUGUCCUUUGGCCCGAGGGUCUUUUUGAAGAUUCCUUGCAAUUUAAGCUAAUCGCGUCGAUUUCGUUUAUGGCUGCAUUAUUCCUUUUCUCCAUCUAUAUGCAACUCCUGUGCGAAUCGAAGAAAUGUAUUGGCCAUUCAAUCUAAAUGGAAAUGGCUGAAAUUGUUGAUGUAAACACGAAAACACUGAUUUCAUAGCUAAUUGGAAGCAAUAUAAACUAAUAGUUAUAAAGCAAAUUGUGUUUGCAAAACAGUAUACGGAAAUGUAUAAGCAAUAUUAAAAAUGUUAGCUCUAAUAAAAUAUUGAAAAUACCUAAAUUAAUGAGUAGAAUAUAUAAAAAAGUUAUAUUUUAAAAUUGUA